AAUAAAUAGCAACAGUAUCGCCUAAUAAUAUUAUUAUUAAUCGUUUAAUCAAAACCAUCAAAUGAAUAUGGGGUAGAAAUUUUCUCUUUCUCUGAUAGAACACCUUUUUCAAAGGAUAUUACCGAUGUCGAUUUAACCUGAAGGUAUAUCAAAUUUUUAUAUAACCUCAUAAUAGUUCAAUACAGCUAGUAUUUAGAUUUUAUGUGCUAAUAUAAAUAUAAAUGCAUUUCUUAUAGAUGUUCAAAUGUAUUAUACAAUAUUUAUAUAUUUAUAUAUAUUUUUUAAAAUUAUUUUAUGUACUACAUUAAAAAAAAAUGCAUUAAACAAAAUCGAAACUCUCCAAAGUGACAAUCCCAAAAAUGGUAAAAAAAUACGAAUUAACACUUUUAGAUAAUAAUAAGUACCAUAUGAUUACAAUAAAUCAUUAAAUUAUUGGAAAUCAUUCGGCCAUUACUUUCAGUCGAGUGGCGUGCGGAGCGGAAUAGAGACGUGUAUAGUAUGCCAACAGACUCGACGUUCAAAAUUAACUCAACAGUGUCGGGGUAUAUCGGUUUGUUUCAUGCUCCCGCUUGGUGUCAAGGUCGACAUUGGGCUAUUUCAGUUUGUCCCGUCGUCGAACUCGAUGUUAAGGUCAAUUCAUCGACAUCGGGCUAUUUCAAUUUAUUCCGUCACCGUACUCGAUGUUAAGGUCAAACCAUCAAUACAAUACACUCUUUUGGUUUAUGUCAUUUUCGUUUCGUUUCGUAAUGUUCCUUAUAAGGGUGAGCAAUAUAUAUAUAUUGCAAUAUCUAUAUAUUGGAGUUACAAUAUCUAUACAUAUAUUAGCGCAAUAACACAUAUAUUAACGAUCUGUUAUCCAAUAUAUAAUAUGGAAAAGAUUAAUACGUUUGUAAUGAAUUUGAUACAUAGAUAUGCGGCUUCUACGGGCGAUAUUGCAAUAGGUGAUCAUCAAUGUCCAAAACUCAAUAUAUAGAUAUCGGAUAUUACCCAUAUUUAGUUCAUUGCAUUGAGUUUUUUUUUUUUAGAUAUUUUUUUUUUAUACAACUUAGAAUGGCAAACAAGCUAACUGCCCACCUGAUGGAAAGUAGUAGCCGUCGCCUAUAGACAUGAGCAGUACCAUGGACAUAACAGAGUAUACUGUUUCGCCCAUGAUACCCCCCAUGCGUUGCCAUUCCUGAGGACUCAGGUGUUAUUCCUCUGUACCCAGUAAAUUCACGCCACGCAUUGAGUUAGGAACACUUUUAUGGAGAGGAAAUACUAUAGAAUGACUGUGCUCUAAGCCGCUACCUCCCGCGCCGUAUGUCAGUAAACCUAAAAUCGUGGUGGAAAAGCAAAACUUAGUUGACGCAGGAUUCUCUAAUUAAGAUGCUGAAUAAAAAAAGUAUUUGUAAAACUAUAUUAAAAGUGACAAUAAUUGUCUCUCGAUGUCCCCAAUCCUGUAAUUGUAAAGUUUCCCAAUUUAUACUGCUUAGUAUGUAAUCAGCAUACACAAUCUGCUAUAUACAGAAAGUAUUAGAUAAAAUUUAUUUGUAAUAUACUUACAUACUAUGAUAUGUAUUAAUAACCUACGUACCAUAAAAUAUUUUCCGAAAUUUCAGGACCGAAGGAAACACAAACUUAAUGUUAGAAUUACAUAAUACAUACGUUUAAAAAUAUUAAAAAUAGUAAGAUAUCGUUCCUUUGAAUUAUUAUGAUAGGAUUUAUGACGAACGAAAUGUUAAGCUCCAUUUACUGUGCCGAUGUUGGUAUGAACAAAAACACGAAAUUGAGUCCGAAUAUUUGGAAUCUCAUUUUAUGGUAGACCCCCUGAUCCUAUGAUUGUGUAAUGGCCUUUUUUCUAACGUUUUUUUUUUCAUAAUAGUUCCUUCGUAAACUGUACAUUUGUAACAUUUGUACAUUUGGUAAACUGCCAUAAUGCUGCACACCAUUGGUAUAAUUUUUAUUUUGACAAACUUUAGAAUCUGGAACAAUUCUCAAAAAAUAAUUUAAGCGUGAAAUAAAUAAUAAAGAAGUUGUCAAAGGUACCUAAUAAAAAAUAGCUCUAGACGUACAUAUACAAACUCUGUAAUGAAUUCUGCUACUCACUUUACACUUCAACUGAUGUUAUAUUAAAUAAAUAUUAUCCAAUUUUUUGUUUAGUAAUCAAAGUUUCUAAUAGAUAAAUACAGUCAAUUCUAGAUUUUAUUUUACUAUAAGUAAAUUUAAUUUUUUGAAUAUUUUAUUAUGUUAUAUUACUUAUUCAUAAUUAUGUAUAAUACAAGUCAUUUCCUACAAUCACAUGUCUGAAGAAUAUUUUCUUAUCAAUAAUACACUAAUGUACAUGCAUACAUAUUACAUAGCGUAGCUUGAGACCAAAUAGGUAAUGGGACAACAUAAUAAGUUAUUAUAACCUCAAAGGAUUGUUUUAUAUUUAUCUCUUUAGAUUUUUUGUUGUUUUAUUCAAUGAGAACAUGUUUAAGUCACUAAGUAGGUGUUUAUAUUUUAAAACUGUAGAAUCAAACUAAUCAGUAUUAAAUAAAUAAAGUACCUAUAUAAACAAUAAUAUUGCAGAUAUUUUAUAUUAUGUAUAGGUAUGUGUAUAUAAAUAUGGCUUAUAUAAAUUGUCUGUUGUUAUUGAAAUAUAUUUUUAGUUAUUAUCGUAUUAUAGAGGCAACAAAAAUUUAUUUGAAAUUAAAUUUGCAUAUUCAGAAAUAAAAAAUAAAAAAAUAUUAGAUUUUGUCUCGAUACGUACGUAAUAGGUACAAACAUUUUUAUUUAAAUUGCAAAUGUAUACAUUAUUUUUUGACUGAUUUGUAUUGAGUUUAAAUUACAAAUUAAACUUGUGUUUCUAAAUACUGUAAUCUGUGUUGUAUAUUUUACUUGAUCACUUUCCUUUACUUUGAACGAAGUUAGAACGUAGUCAGUGGCGUAACUAUACCAUUUGGGGCCUGUGGCAAAUUCCUUUGAUGGGGUCCUAUCAGAAAAAAAAAAACUUUUCAAGUAAAAUAAAAUACUCGGGUACAAUGUAAAAAAAAAAAAUAUUUCUUAGCUCGCGGCCUCUUAAGCCGGGGCCUUUUUGGGUCAGGGGCUCGUGGCAUUUUGCCAGCCCUGCCACCCUAUUUUUAUGCACUGAACGUUGUCAUUAUUGGUUGAAAUUUUUAAUAAAUGGAUGGAAUAGUAACCCCGCCUAUUCUAACAGUAGGUAUACGUUGGCGGAGCACCAGUGAGGGAUGAUAGGUGUGAAUGAAAAGGCAGGUCAGUUAGCCCAUCGUGAUGAAUAUCAGUAUUUUUUUUUUCCAAUUAGAAAUGGGUAUUUCUACUCCAAAGCAAGAUUUGAGUCUUAUACACACUUUGCGACUGCCAGUAAUAAAUUUGCCAAAACAUCUCCAAACAUCUCGAUUUAUGAACCACCAUAAACUUUUAUGGUAAAUUUGACUCAAAUCUAUUAAAAAUUUAGUUCAUAUUUGGCCUUAUAAUUAAGAUUUCGCUGUGAUAUCAAAUUGAAAUUUAGAGAAUAGUGCUUCAGAAUCAACCCUCGCUUCUUAUCUUCAAAAUGUAUAUACUUGAAAAAUGAAGACGAAAAUUUAGAGGUAAAUAUUGAUACGUAGAGUAAAUAUUUUUGUUGAUUGAAAUUUCAUUAAAUUCGUUGUGUAUUUUUUUUCCAUAUUCUUGUAGGAAUAUUUUUGGCAAUUUAACGGCAAAUUUGACAGCUAUUUAGAAAUUUUUUGCCCAGUCUGUGGCUGAUUCGUUAUUAAGAGUUGGUCACACUGUUCGUCGUUCGAUGCAGAGUAUAAUCCAAAAAUUAGAGAGCCUAUGUCUAAAGAUACAAUUUUAGAAUAUUCUAACUAGUUAUAUAACUUAAGAACAAGUUUGUAAACAAGAGAUAGUUCGAUGCUAAGGUUCGAUGUAAUGUACAAUAAAAUCGCAAGACCAAUCGUAAAAACAUCAUGUCAACCAUUGAUAACAAUGUCAACUGUGACAUUAACAACUGACAAUGUCAAUGUCACAGUUGUCAUUUGAGAGAUCAAGUGACGAUUUCAGACGCAUUCUCAAAAACUUAAAAGUCAUAAUCAUUAAUCUGAAAAUGGCCGACCGAAUCUCUUACUUUUAACGCAUUGCUGCGCUUUCAAGUUGUGUGAUUUAAUAUAAUAUAUUGUGAUAUCCGACCAAGAUAACAAUUUAGCCGCCAAUGUCAAAAAAAUUCCCGAUAAUCUAUAAUUUUGUAUCGUAAUAUAUAAGGCAGAAUGGAGCAAGUGGUUGUAAAAACUGAGGUGCAGGGAGAUGGAGAGAUAUUCUUGUUCUAUGUUGACGAUGGUGAACAAACAGCUGUGACAAUUGAUAAUCUUGAAGAUCAAGUUCAGCAAUAUAAUGACACUAAUACAUAUGCAAUUGAAACUGCAGAUGAAAUGGCUUUCGAUACAGAAAACUCACAAAUUGAUCCAGCAUUUAAAGAAAAAUGGCUUGAAGAAGAAACUCAACGCCUCCUCAUGUUCUUUGUUGAUAACAAGGAAACAUUCUUAAACAGAUCUACACAAAGAAAGCAUUUAUGGGCAGUGGCAUGUAAAACUAUGCUGCCAGGCAAGACCCCUGCUGCUUGUGACAUCAAAUUGCGCAACUUAAAACGAAAAUAUUCACAGUUACUUUUGAACAAGCAAAAAGGCGUUGAGGUUAAAUGGCCACUCUAUGACGCUUGCCAUUUAGCAUUUCAGGACGAUGUUUUUGUCAAAAUGACUUUAGCUGAAAGUAUCACUCAUGAUUCUAGGAUUGCAAAUAUUCCUAUCCAGCCCAAACCAGACAACGAUGGUAUUGUUGUUGUAAAAAAUAUAAAUCAACAACCAACUCGAUCUAUAGAUUCUAAAGUAGAGAUGAUGUUGAAGUUGUAUUUGAAAUACAAGAAAGAUUUCGAAAAAGAGUAUUGGCGUAAAGACUUGUGGGAGCGCAUUGCCUUCGAGAUGAAAGAAAAAGAUCCAGAGUACUGGCAUAAACGGUUCUUGAAUUUCAAACAACAUUAUUUAAGAGUAUUGAGCAAACGCUCCGAGACUGGAGAAGAUAGCGUAAAUUGGCCUUAUACACGCUACUUUGAUGAAAUAUUUGCUGACAAUUCGGAAUUCCAACGUAAAUAUGGGCGGAAGGACACUGAGACUACUGUAACUGUAAUCACUGAUAGUCAAAUUGUUACAAAUAAAACAGACUGGGAUGAAACUGAAGUGACAGUGCUUGCUAAAUAUCACUAUGACUGUUUUGAUGAAUUUCAAGAUCCAACUAUACCCGAUGAUUUCCUAUGGAAUGAAGUAAGCAGAUUGCUAGAUAAAAAACCUGAACAAUGCAAAAAGAAAUUUGAAGACCUAAAAUUGGUACAUCUGGAUAAGUAUAUAGAGGGUGGAUACAAUAUACGUAAUCGAAAACCAUUGGAUAUAGUACUUGACAAUAUUAUAUCAAAAGAGAUAGAUAUACAGCUGUGUAAUAAUUCAAGACCUGCAGAAAAUUGGAAGGAAGAAGAAUUAGAUGAAUUGGUGAAUUUCUUCUAUGACAAUAUAGAAAUGUUUAAGGAUCAAGUAUGUUAUUUUGUUUGCUGGGCAAGUGUUAGUAAGAAGUCGAAGAGAAGUAUUUUGAGCUGCAAGAAACAGUGGGAAGAACUUACUAAUCUUUACAGAACUAUUCUAGAAGAUAAGAAAGACAAUCCCGAUAUGCAAAUACAUUGGAGGUAUAUAGAACUGUUUGAUAGAAUAUUUGAUUACGGAAUGGAUAUGACCUUAAUGGAUGGUUAUGAGAAACUUAGUGACUUGCAUCAAAAAAAGGAAACAGAAAUGAUCAGUGUCAAAAAAGUCAAUAUAGAUUUUGACACUGACAAUAUGGAAAACGUCACAGAUGAAGAAGAGUAUGACGAGAGAGGGUACACGAAGCGUUCCAAACGCGGUAUAGGAGAUUCCAAAGCAUUUAAAAUUCUCGAAUUUUAUCAGAAGAAUAAAGAUAAAUUUUCAACAACAGUACGCAAGAAACAGGCUCUGUGGGAGAUUCUCGCCAACCAAAUAGGUUUAUCAGCUGAACAGUGCGCUCACAGGUUCAGGAAUCUAAAACAAGUAUACACCGGUUAUGUACAAAGAGAGAUAGAUAGACCAGAGAUGCCAAUCUUAUGGCCUUAUUAUGCUUUAUGUAAAAAAGUCUUUGGUUAUAGAGCUAUAAAAUCCAAGUUAAAAAACAAUAAAUUUAGUGCAGAGUGCGUAGAAGAAUGGACCGCGAAGGAGAUUAAACAGCUUAUAAACUAUUUCGCUAAAAACUUCAAUGAUUUGUCAGAAGAUUUAGAAGAGAAGGCAAAGUGGUCGGAUUUGUCGGAGGUAAUUGGAAAAUCUGAGGAUUCGUGCAUUCAAAAGUUCAUGGACCUGAGGAAGUCCUACAGGAAGUUGAAGACAAUGAGAGAAAACAAUCCACAAGUGAAGGUCUCAUGGAAAUAUUAUAAUUUGUUUGAUCAAAUCUACAGUUUCAAAUCUGAGAAUGUAGAAACAAUACAAGAAGUAGAGAUGUUAGAUCAAAAUGACCAGGAACUAAGUGAAAAGUAUGAUUCACAAGAAGAAGACUAUCAGUGCAUUAUUGUGAUACCAGAAGGCCAGGAUGUGAGUGAUAUUGAGAAUGCACAAAUCAUCAUUAAAAAACCUGGUGAAGAAGUCCAAAUGGAUGCAGUGGACAGUAUUGAAUCGAAACCACCAACAUUCAGGUGGACUAAACGGACCAAGAAAAAGCUACUUUUACUAUAUUUAAAUUACGUACGAGCCCGUAAAGGACGGGAGAUUAAUUCAGCUGAUAUGUGGGCAGAAAUAGCAUCGAAAUUGCCAGAUAAAACUCCUCUAUCGUGUAGAAAAAUGUUUGCCAAACUCAAGAGCGAUCACACUGUGUCUACAGAUGAUGCGAAUGGAAAGAAAACCCCAUACCAUGCUUUAGUUGAAAAGAUAUUAAAAAUUAAACCAAGGUUCGUUAAGAGCGGUCACGAAGCACAAGGGGACAAACACUACAAAGAUGUUCAGUUACCAGCCGCAAAAGUUGAACAAGGCUUACAAUACUAUUUAUUGAAUAUAGAGGAAUUUUUAAAUCCAAUAUACGAUAAGAAAUAUCUAUGGACAGAAUUGGCUAAAUUCAUAUCGGAACCUGUGUCAAAGAUAUUUAAUAAAAUCAAUUAUUUGAAGCAAUUUUAUGAUAUUGAAAAGGACGAGGUGGCGGGCGGGAAAACUUUGUUUAGCGAACUUUUAAAGGAAAUAGUGACUAAGGAAAAGACACUUAAGGGCUCUUUUGAGAAAAAACCCAUGGUCGAAUACAGCGAAAACGAUAUGUGGUCUGAUGAAGAAGUAGAGCAGUUGUUGACGUGGUAUCAGGUUAAUUUGGAGAAAUUUAAAAAUCCUAAAUACGUUCGCAAAUAUCUUUGGGUGCAGGCAUCGAAUUCGCUCAAGAAAAGUCCAUUGGCUUGCUCAAAAAAGAUGUCAGAAAUUAGAACGCAGUAUAGAAAUAUGAUGAAGGAUAGUGCAGAAGAUUUGAAUAGUUGGAGGUUUUAUUAUCUAUGCCAACAGAUCUAUGGUACAGGAAAGAAAAAUAUCGAACAGGAAGAAAAGUCAGGUGAUAAUUAAAAAAUAUUGUAAAGUAUUAAAAAAAAAAAAACUUCAAUUUGUAUAUAUAAGAAUUCAGUUAUUAUUUAAAAAAGAGAGGGUGGAAAGACAUGUUUUAUAUUCAAUACAAGAAAAUUUUAACUUCAGAUAUUGUUGACAUUUGGCCGUUUCUGUUUAUCCCAUAAGAGGUCCCUAGACAAGUGGCAAGCGAAUUUAUUAUUAGAUAUGGUCUCGCUACUUUACGUACAUUGUAGAACAAGACGGCAAUAUUUGUCUUUGUGUUCUUUCUCAUUUUAUCUCAUUUAUGUAAAUAAGUAGUCAGAUACAUGUAUAUUUGUACUCAUCAACGCACAGCUAUAACUUCUAAAGUUAGAAUUACAAAAUUUUGUCAGUAGGUUCCUUUUAUGACUUACUAAGAAAGGAUUUUUCAAAAUUUGGCCCCUAAUAGUGUAUAUAUAAAAGUGAAUAUUUGUAUGCAAUUAUGUUUUUUAAUUAAUGAAUUUUGAGAGAGGAAUUUGAAUGAAAUUUAGUACACAGGUUGGUCAUAUCCUAAUUACAUACAGAAAUCUUUUUACAUUGAUGCACGCGGGUAAAGCCGCGAGGAACAGUUAGUCUUAUAUAAUGGGGGAGAGGUCUCAUCAGAACCCUGCAAGUACAAUAUUGACCCAGUAAUUAAAAAAAAAUACGAAUCUAAUUAAAAGGCCUAAUAUACGUACCAAUAGAUUCGUUUGUCACUUGUGAUAAAUCUGAAUGUUAGUUUACAGCAUUAACUUAGUAUAACUUACACACUUAAUUCUAACUACAUUCACUUAAAACUAAUUCGAGUUCAAUACAUAAAAAUGAUUAGAAAUUAUUUACUUCAUACUCCCGCCAAAACAGCUUCGAGCAUAUGUUGUGUAAAUUAUCAUCCUAUUGUCUCUCUCGCUCUAACAUACAAAUUAUUGUAUUUUCUUUCUUUUACAUUACCAAUCUUUAUACUUCUAUAAUGGAAGGUUUACAUCCAAUUUGUGAAAGUACCAUUUAAAUAAUGUAUUACUUUUAAUUUAAAAAGUAAGUACUUAAUAUCACAAAAUUCUUUUUGUGUGUUGGUUAAGGAAUAUGUUCAUUUAGACUACAUAGAUUUGUGGUUAAGUCCUCUAGCUAAGUGGCAAGCGAAUUCAUUGAUGGAUUCGUCACUGCUGGCGAGUCCAUAGGAUAUAAUGCCAUAGAGAUGUCCAAUGUCUCAUUACAACUUAGGUCUCGCCUCGUUUAGGCAAGUCUAGAGGGGCUGAUCGAUUUACGAAUGUAGUAAAAUAGUUCGAUUACCAUUUCUCUAAACCUAAUAUUAUUUAUUUAUUAUUUUUGAGGGAAGUUUUUGAGGGAAUAGCCCAAGCAUUGGGAUUUUCAAAUCACGUCUGAAGAAUUAUUAUCACAAUGCUGAUGUACGUACUUAUUAUAUUUGUGUAUUAUAUAUAAUAUAUAUCUAUCUAUUUAUAUGUAUUUACUUAUAUAUAUAUAUUUUUAUUUAUUUAUUUAUACCUAUUGGUCUUUUCAAUUGUAAAGACAUUUAUUUAUUUUUACUAUAACAUUUAAGUCGAUUGGUACACAUGUGUGACUGUAACUACUAAUGAACUGUCAGUUUUCUCAUAUUGGGUUUGCUGGAAGAAAUCUCUAUUGGAGAUAAGCUCGCCUUUGUGCACUAUUAUGUUUGUUUUUACAUUUUAAUAACCUCUUUGUGUACAAUAAAGAAUAAAGUUUACAGUUGUAAUAACUUGAUAAUUAAUUAUACAUGACAACAAUUAGCGAAUUAAAAGCUACUACACAUAACUAACUAAAAUGAAAUUACUUGCAGUCUAGAUAAUUAAUAAAUGUAAAAACAUGGAAGCUAAAGAGGUUUCUUCAGGGUCGACAACGCGCGCGUAAUACCCCUGGUAUUGCAGGCGUUCAUAGGCUACGGUAACUGCUUACCAUCAGGUGGGCCGUAUGCUUGUUUGCCACCUCAUUGAUAUAAAAAAACAGACUAAACAUUAAAAUUAAUUAAUGAAUAAUUUGCGAUGGUUUUUCUUAUAUAAUUACUGCUAUUUUUAAAUGUAUCUAUUUUAUUAUCUCUACUAUAUUAUAAUUUAAUAGUUUCGCUAAAUUGUUAUAAUUUAUAGACCAACAUUAAUUAAAUUCAUAAUAAUAUUAACUUAUCUAUUAUAAAUUUAAUUAAUAUAAUAUUGAUUCUUAAAAUAUUUUGCUGCGAUAUCAAAUUUUAAAUGUAGAGAUUUAAAUAAUGGCGUAUUAGAAUCGACACUGAAUAAAUAAUAAAUAUAUAAAAUUAUAAAUACUAGAUAGAUAGAUAGAUAAUUUAUUUACAUUACUUACAGCACACAAAUUACAAUAAAAAAAAAAAUUAUAAACAAUUUAACUAAUAAUGCCAUGGAUAAAAUGGAUAUCGAUUCAAUAUCUAUAUAUUGAGUUCCUCUAAACAUUGAUGGCGUAAAAAAGGUCAUCACCUAUUUCGAUAACGUCCAUAUCGGUCAGAUAUCUAUUAUCGAAUAUCUUAAAAGUCUGUAAUCCAAUAUUUUUUUUAUACAACUUAGAAUGGCAAACAAGCUGACGGCCCACCUGAUGGAAAGUGGUAACCGUCGCCUAUAGACAUGAGCAGUACCAUGGACAUAACAGAGUAUACUGUUUCAUCCAUAAUACCCCCUAUGCGUUGCCAUUCCUGAGGACUCAGGUGUUAUUCCUCUGUACCCUGUAAUCCAAUAUUUUUUGGAUAAUAGACUUUUAAUAUAUUAGUUAUUGUACCAAUAU